GGCGGGCGGGGGAAGAUGGCGGAGCUCGGUAAGAAGUACUGCGUGUACUGCCUGGCCGAGGUGAGCCCGCUGCGCUUCCGCUGCACCGAGUGCCAGGACAUCGAGCUGUGCCCCGAGUGCUUCUCGGCCGGCGCCGAGAUCGGCCACCACCGCCGCUACCACGGCUACCAGCUGGUGGACGGCGGGCGCUUCACGCUGUGGGGGCCCGAGGCCGAGGGCGGCUGGACCAGCCGCGAGGAGCAGCUGCUGCUGGACGCCAUCGAGCAGUUCGGCUUCGGAAACUGGGAAGAUAUGGCUGCUCACGUUGGAGCUUCCCGGACUCCCCAGGAAGUGAUGGAGCAUUAUGUAAGCAUGUACAUCCACGGAAACCUGGGGAAAGCCUGCAUCCCUGACACCAUCCCCAAUCGGGUGACAGACCACACAUGCCCCAGUGGAGGCCCCCUCUCUCCCAGCCUCACUACCCCCUUGCCUCCCCUAGACAUCUCGGUGGCUGAGCAGCAGCAGCUGGGCUACAUGCCGCUGCGGGACGACUAUGAGAUCGAGUAUGACCAGGAUGCCGAGACGCUCAUCAGCGGGCUCUCGGUGAACUACGACGACGACGACGUGGAGAUUGAGCUGAAGCGGGCCCACGUGGACAUGUACGUGCGGAAGCUCAAGGAGAGGCAGCGGCGGAAGAACAUCGCCCGCGACUACAACCUGGUGCCCGCCUUUCUGGGCAGGGACAAGAAGGAGAAGGAGAAGACGGCCAAGCGCAAGAUCACCAAGGAGGAGAAGGAGCUGCGGCUGAAGCUGAGGCCGCUCUACCAGUUCAUGUCCUGCAAGGAGUUCGAUGACUUGUUUGAAAACAUGCACAAAGAGAAGAUGCUGCGGGCAAAAAUUAGAGAAUUGCAGAGGUACCGGCGGAACGGAAUCACCAAGAUGGAGGAGUCGGCAGAGUACGAGGCGGCCAGGCACAAGCGGGAGAAGAGGAAGGAGAAUAAAAACACAGGCGGCUCCAAGAGGGGGAAGGAGGACGGCAAAGACAGUGAGUUUGCUGCCAUCGAGAACCUUCCUGGGUUUGAGCUCUUGUCGGACCGUGAGAAGGUGCUCUGCAGCUCCUUAAAUUUGAGUCCCGCUCGCUACGUGACUGUGAAGACCAUCAUCAUCAAAGACCACCUCCAGAAACGACAAGGGAUUCCCUCCAAAAGUCGCCUUCCGAGUUAUUUGGACAAAGUCCUAAAGAAAAGGAUUUUAAAUUUCCUCACAGAAAGUGGCUGGAUAUCCAGGGAUGCUUCCUGAAGCUGAGCGGCUUUGAAAGCUGGAAUGAUGCUAACAUAGCUUGUGAGCCAAAAUGACUGGGGGUGAGGGAGGGGGGAGAGGAAAUGCUUUUUUUCCCCAUUAUUGCUCUUUUUAAAACAAAUUUUUGUUCCCUGUUUUAGGAUAUACAUUCUCUUCAUGGUCCUCUGAAAGAAGCAAUAGUAACAAUCUUAUAUUGGAUCAUGGGGGAAACAAAUAUAUGUGUAUUUUAACUGAGGUCUAAAAGGUAAUUCUUUAAGAUGACAAUUUGCCUUUAUGUGUUCAGUUUGGAAAUAUUAUGAGAAUGGAUAAUUUCCUUUUAUGAGUUUCUUCCCUUUGGUACACAACUGUUGUGCUGUGGGUAAAAGGAACAACUUUCCCUGCUGGGCCUGCCAGCUGCCAGCUUUACCCCGUGACACAAGCUCUGGCUAGCUGCCGAGGGUCCCCGGGGACAAAGCCCCGGCACGUGGCACUUUAGAUGGGGCCAGGCGUGGCAGGUGGGAAGCGAGGGCAGUGAGGCCAGAGGACAGGAUGAGGUUUCCUUAGGAACUUGAGAGGAAGGAUCCAGUGCUGAACACAGUGACCAGACCCACUUCCCCUUCACCGUUGGCAGCAGCAGAGUCUGAACUGGUAGUUCCGCGAUCCCGAGGCCGCCCCUUGCCACGUUCACUCUGAGCAGGGCCCGCCGGCUCACUUGGGGAAAGAGCAGUGCCCCUGGCAGGCUCCCUGGCGUGUCGUGUUGAGGUGGGCCCUGGGGAAGCACGUUAGCGGGACACGGGAGGACUAGCAUGGACUGCCAGAACUCGGAGCUAGCUUUCCCGGGGCCUGCUCCUCACUGCUCUUAUUACUUGCAGUGCAUUUUACUUGGAAGAACGUUUUCGAAAGUUCAAGGCUAAGAGUUCUGAGGAAGCAUUAGCUUCCUCCAGGAUUUUCGUCACAGUUGUGAGUACCUUUUUCACUGAAACUCUGACUGUGCCAGCCUGGCUAAGCGUUUGUCUUCUGGUGGUAUGAGGCACCCUGCAGACCAGCCGGGGAGAGAGCAGGUGGCUCCCAUGGCAGGCUCUGGCAGAGCGGGAGGGAGGGGCCUCGAGGCCGUGCUGGGUUACUAGGUCACUGUCUAGAACCAGACUCAGAUGUGGCUUCUGCCCAGCCCAAUUUAGAAGUUUUUCCAGGGGCCCUGUUUCAUGGAUGUACACGGUACCUUCCUUCUGGAACCUGAGGAAGUCAUUUGUCUUCUGGCUGCUCAGGGUCCUCAUGUCCAAGACCCUGCUCUGGAGUCGGUGGAGUGACCGCAGAGCCAGCACCCCAUUCCUCCAGGAGCUAGUCCUGCCGCUCCUGCCCCCACAGCUGUCAAGACUGUUCACCUCCCAGAAUGUUUGGGCUUCAAGUUACAUUAAAGUGAAAUUAUUUGAAAGAGAAAAAAAACCUCAUUGUUUCCAAGGAAGACUUAAUUACGGUGCCUUUUCUUUUUACAUCCUUCUGUCCCCUAGGGUAAAUUUUUCAGCAUUAAAUAAACCAUUUCAAAUACAUUGUACAUGGCUUUAGUUGUAAAAUACAUUGCAUGCUGGCAGAGAAGUGCUCCCUGUUAACUCAGCCCAGGACUUCUCUCUGACAAUAGAAAAUAGUGAGCAGUGGUACUAGUCAUGGGACCACCUCCACAUUGGCCCUGCAGGACUACGGCUGACAGAGCCGCUGCUGUCCACCACUGCGCAGUGAUGGAGAUGGUGCUAAGCUUCCACAGGUAGCUCAGCCAGUUGUUCUCACUGGGGGUUCCUGGACCAGCAGCAUCAGCACGCCCUGGGGGCCCGCUAGAAUUGCACUCAGGCCUCACCCGCUCCUCCUGAAUCAGAAGCUCAAGGGGGGGGCCCACGGAGCUGCUUUCACCAGCCUUCCAGGAGACGAGGGCGCAAGCUGCAGUUUGAGAGCCGCUGGCUUCAGCUACUCUGAAUGCAAUCAUCAUUCAUCAGUUUUCUACAUCAGAUUCCUAGUUUGGUGAGGUUUUAAAUUUAGCCUUAUUUUUAUAUAAAACGAUUGCCAGACUUUCAUUAAGCUUGAGAAGCAAAAGAUCCCUGUAAAUGUGUGUGGCUCAGGCCAAGAGCUGUCAAAUGAAAACCUUUGUGCUUAUGCAGGGUUUUAGUAUGUAUAUCUUUUUGAUGGUAUGAAGAAUUUAUUUAGGCUUGACUGUUUAAAACACCAUAAUGAAUGUAUAAUUAAUUUAUGUUAAAGUAUUAACACUCUGUUACAAGGGAAAAGUAAUUUUAUGAUCGGUUGCCUCUUACCCCAUCAACUCCAGCUAUUACGGUCACAUUAGUUCUUACCUCUGCUGUUAGCUCAGAGCCUUUGUAUUUCUGCAUUUAAUUUUCAUGAUAAAUUAGUCACCAUAGUCCCAUGGAAUUAGGUCCUUUCAAAAUUAAAACUCUUAACUUUGUGUCAAAAGUUAGGUAAUUCAGCCAUUCAAAAUAAUGCUCUCUGGAUGGCCCACAUUCAAGGAACGUAUCAAACUGAGAACCCUGACCACCACUGUUAUUCUCCUUUCACACAUUAAACACGUUGAGA